AUGGUGUCUCCGUCAGCCAUUGUUAUGUUGAACAUGGGAGGACCUUUGACGGUACCAGAGACCUAUGACUUCCUCAAAAACCUGUUCAUGGAUGGCGACCUCAUUCCGUUACCUUUUCAACGCGUUAUAGCUCCUCUCAUUGCCAAGUGGCGGACCCCUCAAAUCGAGAAGCAGUAUGCUGACAUUGGCGGUGGUUCUCCCAUUCUCAAGUAUACAGAGAUGCAAGGUGCUGGUAUGUGUGAAUUACUGGACGAGCUGCACCCAGAAACUGCUCCGCACAAACCUUAUGUCGUGUUUCGUUAUGUGAACCCACUGACACAGGAGACCGCUCAGAGGAUCAAGGCAGACGGUGUAAAGAGGGCAAUUGCGUUUACCCAGUAUCCACAGUACAGCUGUAGAACGACUGGAAGCAGUUUGAACGAACUUUUCAGACGGGGUAGGGCAGGCGAGAUGGGGGACAUCGAGUGGAGCGUGAUAGACCGCUGGGGUACUCAUCCAGGAUUCAUCGAGGCACGUUUUCAAAUCAACUAG